GCUACGAAUAACACGAGAAGAGGGAGAAAAAAAGAAAGAAAGAGGAAAAGCGUGUAAUCAUGAACAUAUUCUGAGAUAAAAUUAAAUAUAAGAGCCUUAGGACUUUGCACCGUACUUAAAAAACCAUCCACAAUAUCAGAAAAAGCCAACCCUGCUGCGUAACCGUUCCCCCCCACGCGGCAAAACCAUCCUUCUUUUAAUUCUCAGCUUUGGUCAGACUUGUCUUUCCUUAAUUGCCAUUCUCAUUUUCUCAUCUUGGAAUUUUCAUUCCUUUAUUUUUUUUCUUUCUUACCUAUUUACUCUCGUCACAUCAUAUCUAUCUAUCUGCCAUUUAUGUGCUUUUUCAAAACACAACCAAAAAAAAAACCUUUCUUGAACUUUCCUUCGCCACUCAACCUCUGUUCUUUUAGAUUUGCAGCGGGAAGGGUUCACCGUCGCUGUGCUCGGAAUGUCAUCGGAGGCGAGAAGCAAGGGCUGCACUAUUGAAGAGGGCAAGCACUACCCUCCACCAUUUGCCUCUCAUGAGGACGUGGUUAACCAUCCUUCUGUCUUCUGGGACACACUCAGGCGUUUUCACACUGUUAUGGGUACCAAAUUUAUGAUUCCUGUGAUUGGAGGGAAGGAGCUGGAUUUGCACGUUCUUUACGUGGAGGUUACGAGGAGAAGUGGCUAUGAGAAGGUGGUUGCAGAGAAGAAAUGGAGGGAAGUAGGUAGUGUAUUCAAGUUCUCCCCAACAACCACAAGUGCUUCUUUUGUACUGAGGAAACACUACUUCAGUCUUCUUUACCAUUUCGAACAAGUCCACUUCUUUAGAGUUCGGGGUCCUUUGUACACUCCUUCAGAUGCAUUUUCUGGCAACAGCCAGUCGUGGAGACCUGAAUUAGCUAUGGUGGCAUAUUCACCUAAGGGGAUAAACAUUGAAUCCCAUGCUGAAGAUACUUCAUGUCUUUUGGGAGAUGGAACGAUAGAAGGAAAAUUUGAUUGUGGUUACUUGGUGUCUGUGAAACUGGGUUCUGAGGUUCUUAAAGGAGUGCUUUACCAUCCAGAGCAAUCUGCUCCUCUUCCAUCGGUUCUGCAAUAUGACAAUGCCAUUGUACCAUUCAAUGGCAAACCCGGUCGAUUUGGUAGGAGGAGGAGAAACAAAAGAAAGUGGGACCCCAACUACCCAAAACCAAAUAGGAGUGGUUAUAAUUUUUUCUUUGCUGAAAAGCAUUACAAGCUCAAAUCCCUCUACCCAAACAGAGAAAGGGAGUUUACCAAAAUGAUUGGCCAGUCAUGGAAUAGUCUGAGUCCUGAGGAAAGAAUGGUUUACCAGAACAUUGGCUUAAUAGACAAAGAAAGGUACAAGAGAGAAUUAACGGAGUACAAAGAGAAAAUGAAGCCUGGGUAUACCGCAUAGUUGGCUGGUCUAUAAAUCUCACUGGUAGCAUUUUAUGGCAGCGAAAGAAUUGCUUAGAAAUCUAUUUUGGUUCCAAUGCUGACUUUUCAUUUCAAUCUGUUGACUGUUACAUGCAUAUGCUUGUGGAUUAUGGUCAAGUCCACUCGACAGAGGUCUCUACAGGACUGUUGUUUUUUAUUUUUAUUUUUAUUUUUAUGAAAAAAAAACCUACUGUCUAUUGUCGUACUCUUUGGCCAAUCA